AUGGAAAACCUUGUUGGAGGAAAAUACUCCAUUUCUCUUCCUCCUGAAGUUACGGAUGAAGGUGCAAAGAGAUGGGAGACGUGUGCCAUUGGUUUCUUCAUGGGUAGAAGAAUGUUUUUUCUUCUUGUCAAAAGGUAUGCAAUCCGUCAUUGGUCUAACUAUGGGCUUGCUGAUAUUAUAUCCACUGGAAUUGGAGUUUAUCUUCUAAAAUUCAAGGAUGUAGAGGGUAUGAUGAAAGUCUUGGAAGAGGAGACAUGGAUGAUUGGAGGACAGCCUCUUUUUGUUAGGAGAUGGGAAAAAAACCUUUCAAUGGUGGCGGAAAACAUUAAGAAAAUAGCAGUGUGGGUAAAAUUCUAUGGAAUCCCAUUGGAAUUUUGGAGUUUGAAGGGUUUUAGCCAUAUUGCUAGUGUUCUUGGCCACCCCCUCUAUGUGGAUUCAGUCACGGAGGAAGGGAGUAGAUUGGAGUAUGCACGUAUUUGUGUGGACAUUAGCGUCAACCAUGAUUUCCCGGAUAAAUUGGAGCUUGUAUUACCAACAAAAGAAAAUGUUGCAAUUCGGUUGGAGUGUGCAUGGAAACCAUUAAAAUGCAACUUGUGUAAUAUGUUUGGUCAUGGUAAUGAAGAGUGUAAAAGGAGAGUGGAAAAAGGUGAGACUGAAAAAGGGAAAUUUAACAUGUAUAAAGGAAAAAAUGAGACUAGCAAGGAAAAAACUACAAGUGCAAAGAUAGGGAUGGCAAAUAAUGGAAUUCAUCAAACUAUAGAGACAAACAAUGGGGAUAGCAAAGUAAACUUAGAGGCCCUAAGGAGAAAGCUAGUGAUUGGAAAGGAGAACUUUGACAAUAGUAUGGGGGCAUUGAAUAAUAACAAAUUUACAGCCUUAGCCACCAAUGAAACUAGUGAAAUCAAGGUUACUCAAAAUGAAGGGAAGGUUAUCAUUUUAGAUGAGACACAUGAGAAAUCAGUCCCAUAUAAUAUAUUGGACUCAACUCAUGGUGCAUCCUCAUCCAACACCAUGUUAUCAAAUGUGGUCGAACCUACAAAUUUGGAGCAAGGGGAAAACAAUCUUUCAAAGGAGGCAGUUUCAAAUCAUGAACUUUGUGAAUCUCCAACAAUAAAUCACUUUAGAGGCAAAAUCAAGGUUGAUGAGGUGGACUUCAAAAAGGAGAAGGGUGACAUUCUAAGCAAAUCUCAGCGGAGGAGAUUGGUGAAGCAAAGGAGGAACUCUUCCCCCAUUAAUUCUCCUAAAUGA